ACCAUUAAGAGACUCAUGUGUUGGUGUUGUUGUUUUGGAAUGGCGUUUGCCUGACAAUUUUAUAGGAAUCUUCUACUUUUCGCUCGGUCUAAACGACAGUAUCAUCUCCACAAUGUUACCAACUGAGGGCUUUACGUGUUUCCCCGGUCAGAUGUGGGACAGAGUGUUGUCAAAGGUAAAGAAAGCGGUGGUUUUCAUGGACGACAAGUGUGCUGAGAGUCUUCACUGGAACGGUGGAGCUACCAGUGUAUUUGAGUCUGGUGCUCGUAAUUUAAAACAGUUUUCGAGCUUCGAAGCCGGUGGUGAAAACGAACCAAAGGCAGUGUUUGUGGUGAGCACUUUGCUCAAAGGAAGAACAGCUGACAUUAUACAAGACAUCGUUGGCCUCAGUCAUUUUCAGUACUGUGUCGUUUUCACCACCGUAGCCCACUCCAUACACCUCCUCGCUAACCAUGUCACUGCUGUAUUAGAGGGGAACCCUGUGUUCGAGCAGUUUGAAGAUAAACUGUGCGAAUGGAUGGGAGAUAUGAAUUACACCGCUGAAGUCAUGCAUGCCCCCGUGGUCUUUGCUCCGGUGUCACCACAGCUCCUUCUCGCGCCUACCUUCGCGCAUCUGUUCCCGCUGCUGCCACGGGACCUCGAGACCAUCAAUAUAAAGCGCCCAGAGAAGAAGAGGUUCGGAAGCUUGACUGAUGUUGACAUGCAGUCUCUUACUCCAGAGCUGCAGAUUGAAAUUAAAUCUCUAGCCUCUGCGGUUAAUUCCAUGUUUGAGUCCACCAGCACCCGGGAGGAGAGCUUCGCCUUGGGUCCAAUGAGCCGUCUCAUCGCUGGGGAACUUGCCAAUCAUCCUCAAGCCAAAAACCGCAGAAAGACAGCACCCAAUAAAGCAUCCAUCGUCUUCAUCGAUAGGACACUGGAUCUAACAGGGGCUGCUGGUCACCAUGGUGACAGCCUGGUGGAGAAGAUAUUUACUGUGCUGCAGCCUUUGCCAGGACACACCACUGAUGUGCAGGUGGACAUGCUGGAGCUCACUAACCUGCAGCGUACCCCUGACUCACAGCCUACCCUGGCUCCAGGCUGCCUCGUACAGACCCAGUGA